AUGCUCUCCGCGUUCACGGCUCGGCCUCUUGUCGAGCUCCGGCAGCGCGAUAAAUCGAAGAUCGAGUCCCUUUUGGCUUAUGGAGAUAGACUACUUGCUGGCCUGAAUACGGGGAGUUUGCGAAUAUAUCGAGUGAACGAGACCAGCGAGGAAACGGAUACCGGCGGCGCUCAGAAUGCUGAGGAGAGUGCUGGAUCGCCGGCAUCUGCGACGACGAAGCCGACGGACUUGCUGCGGGAGGAGGAGAAGUUUGCGAGAUACAAAAUUGAGCAAUUGGCGAUUAUUAAAGAGGCGAACGUGCUGGUUUCGCUGUCGGGUGGUUAUGUGUCUCUCCACGACUGGCAGACACGAAAGAGCUUACGGAUAUCGUCGGACCCGGGAGCAUAUGAGGACCCGGCGGUCAAGAACACGGGCAGACAUUGUGAUGUCCGGUAUGAGCUAUAUCGGGAUUGGCAGGCACGGCCUCCAAAGCCAUUGGCAACUCGGCUUUCCGAAGGCCAGAUGUUAUUGGCAAAGGAUGUCAAUACGCCAUUUUAUCGAUACAGAUGGCACUUCCCUGGGCCGGAGGCAGAUCCCCCGGGGGUACGGCCCCAGAGGGCUGUUGGUUAUUCCUAUCCUUACAUUCUUGCACUCCAGGAGCCUUCGAAAGGAACGUUGGAAGUACGCAACCCGGAAACUUUGUCUUUACUCCAAUCAAUCUCGCUACCGUCAGCCAGUAUUAUGCAUAUCCCCCAGCCCAAUAUUAGUCUUGCGCACGCUGGGAAAGGCUUUCUUGUUGCUAGCGAGCGCGUUAUCUGGCGAAUGAACGCCCUAGAUUACGAUUCACAAAUCGACUCCCUAGUUGAACAAGGCCAUCUUGAUGAGGCAAUAAGCUUGCUAGAGAUGCUCGAGGAUGCUUUGACAACCAACAAGGCUGGCCGCCUGCGACAAGUCAAAUUGCAAAAGGCACAAUCGUUAUUUGAUAGCAGAAAAUACCGAGCAUCCCUAGACCUCUUCACGGCGGCGUCUGCACCUCCUGAACUCGUCAUUCGGCUAUACCCCAAGUUAAUUGCCGGAGAUUUGUCGACAGUGGUGGAGGACGAAUCGCAAUCAGAGCCUGAAGAAAGUGGUAGUUCCACGCCCCAACCGGUAAAUGGCACAAAAACCAACGGGGUUGAAGCGACUACAGAAGAUAAAAUCAAGGGGAAAGGAGUGGGUUACACGCCGUCGGUGAGGUCGUUCUUACGAUAUAGAACGGAUGAUGGAACCAGCGAGACGAACAGCGUCCGUGACGCAAUGACGGAAAAGGAUAGCGGCGGAACGGACAAGCCUCUCCAAGGCAAGGAUCUUAAAGGUGCUGUAUACGAAUUACAAGGCUUUCUUGCAGAUAUUCGCCGCAGGCUUCAAAGGUUCCUGAACCCAGAUGGAAGCGCGAAGGUAUCUAACCUUUUCGAUAAUGGGGAAUCGGAUGAGUUCACCAAGUCUGUGAUAAGCAUUCUUGAUCUUUCGGAUGAUAAAGAUGUCGAUGUUGGCAGCCGAUUGCGGGAAACCGCUUCUCUCGUCGACACAACGCUUUUCCGAGCGCACAUGUACGCCACACCGUCCCUAGCGGGCUCUCUAUUCCGAAUAGCCAACUUCUGUGAACCUGAUGUGGUCAUGGAAAAGCUGGAAGAGACGGGUCGAUAUAAUGAACUUAUCGAUUUCCUCUUUGGCAAAAAACUGCACCGUCCCGCACUUGAACGUCUCCGAAAAUUCGGUCAAGCUGACAAAGAGGAAGAGAGUGCGCCGCAGCUCCUUGGGCCAAGACGGACGAUUACCUACCUGCAAAACCUUCCACCAGAAAUGAUUGAUUUAAUUCUCGAAUUUGCGGAAUGGCCGCUUCGAGCAGACCCGGAGCUAGGAAUGGACAUCUUCCUAGCUGAUACGGAGAAUGCAGAAACGUUGCCGAGGGAGAAGGUGUUGGACUUUUUGCAAGGGAUCGAUUCGAAGCUUGCGAUCAAAUAUUUGGAACAUGUCAUUGGAGAAUUGAACGAUAUGACUCCGGAUCUGCACCACCGCUUACUGCUGUUGUACCUAGAAAGGCUAAAGAAGUGGAAAGAAGACCAGGAAGAAGGGAAAGAAGCAACUGAAUUUGGGAGCGAGAACGAAUGGGAGGAUUGUAAGGAGAAGUUUUUGGAUAUGUUAAAGGCCAGUGCUCAAUAUUCGCCGGCGAAGAUGUUAGAUCGUCUUCCUCGAGAAGAAAUCUAUGUUUUUAAAUUGAACGAUUCGCAGAAAGCCGAAGACUACUGCAAUCAGAUAUAUUUAGCUGAGGAUCCCGAUGCCAUCGUACCCGAUAAAAUCCACAAGAUUUCCCCCACAGACCACGACGAACGUCAUCCUUCCAUAUACCACACCCUCCUAUCUCUCUACUUAUCCCCACCACACGGGUAUGAGCCCCAAUAUGGACCUGCGAUUGAAAUCCUUGUAAAACACGGUUCCCGCCUGCCUGCCAGCUCCACGUUAGACUUGAUACCCGAGGCCUUUCCUGUCCAUGAGCUCGAGUUCUACUUUCGUGGAAGAAUACGCGCAGAGAACUCUGUUGUGAACGAGGGCAGAAUCGUUGCAGCGCUCAGGAAAGUGCAAAACAUCAAUACCGAGGCUGAUUUACUGCUGGGGGACGGACUUGUUGGUGGGAAUAGAGGCAGGAAUCGAUUCGUGACGGUAACAGAGGAAAGGAUGUGUGGUGUCUGUCACAAGCGGUUAGGUGGCAGCGUCAUCAGCGUUUUUCCAGAGUAA